AUGGAAUCAUGUUUUCGUUUUUUCUUUCGUCGACAAUCAAGUUUUCCGGUGCAGUGCAUUAAUAAAAGCAAAAACAUUUGGGUUUCCGGGUUUCACAAUUCUGCAAUGACUUUGGCUGCUCGGAACGCGUCGAAACGUAUUCAGCUUGCCAAUAUAAAGAAGAAAAAGAACAAGGCAAGACAAGCCGAGCUUCGUGAACAGCGUAAACCGAAUCUUGGAAACGUUAUAACAGGUCAGCCGACCGAGUGGACGCAAUCGUUGUACAAUCCUGUACCUUACUUGAGCGGAAGCAUGCGUGCUAAUAACACUAUGCAAGAAUGCAAUCAUUUUACGCAAAAACAAGAACUGAACUCUAUACUGGAGAGUAUUCAUAAACACUUGAGAAAGUUGAGAAAACAAUCUGCGUCUAAUUUUGCUGAAGAGAUGCCAGCGGAGCAUGACAAUUUGCUUCAAGAAACGAAGGAUGAGUACAUAAGACGUUUGUUUGAUAUACAAAAUUCAAACUUCAAAUCAAUUCGUCUACUGAAUAUACAAAAAGCACUUCGAGAUUUUGGACAUUCAGAACGAGACACUGGGAGUCCAGAAGUGCAAGCAGCUGUUUAUUCCGCCAAGAUCUUUGCAAUUAAGGAUCACUGCGACCACCAUAGAAAAGAUUAUGCCUGCAAGCGGUACCUUAGUUAUCUUGUCCACAGGAGGCGGCGAAUAUUGAAGUAUUUGCGGCGCAAAGACCGCCAACGCUACGACGAUUGCAUUUCACGUUUGGGUCUAACCGAUGCAGCUGUUACUUGUGAAAUAAAUGUGUAA